UCGAACGCACGUAUCGUACACACGUUCGCACGCACGCGUGUCAGUGAUCCUCAACGUGGCACUCAACCCGUCAGUGAAAACGGACAGUCGAAAAGGACAACAAACGCGGUCGGACGAAUUGUGCCGUGUGGAGUGGGCAGUUAAGUGAUCGAAGUGAAAUCGAAGUGUCAUUUGAUGGACUAGCCAUCGGUUUUUGCGCGCAAUUUUGGUGUGUUUUUUGUGUGUCAUCCGACCUCAGAAUCGACUGAGGUUGAGUAUGCGACUCCCAUCCGUGUGUGCAUGCGUGUGUGCAUCUCGUUGCUAGUGGUGAUGUGUCAGAAACCCGCCUUUCGGCAACAUACUUUUCGCUAACACCGGACAUUCGAACGCCCUGUGAGGCGCAAUUGAAGAAGAAAAAAAGAAAAAAUAGAAGAGAAAAACACCCCCCGAAAUCGUGAGUGCGGGUUUCGUGAGUGAGGAGAGUGGUUUGGCGCAAAUCUUCAUGCUAAAAGCGUCAGGAAUGACUGUAACUCCGGUACGAAUGGCGAUGACCAGCCCGACGGUGCCCAUGCAGCAGAAAAGCAAUUCCCGCAUUAGCAACUUUAGCGUGGCCUCACUGUUGGCGGACACGCGGCCUAAAACACCGAAUGCUCAUCAUGCCAUCAUCACCUCUGGUGCACCUACCGCUACCACCCCUACCACACCCACGCAUACCCCGCUAAGCGCACUAAUGCAUGGUCCACCGGGUGUGAUGGCAAUCACGCUUCCUGGCACGUCCCCAUCGGGAGACGUGUUACCCGCGAACCUGUCCUCGCACACAACCAGCUCCUGUUCACCCCGCUCGCAACCCGAUGCCGGGUCUCUGAAAAAUGUGGACCCCGACCGUGCCGACACCCCGCACAGCCUGCUCGAGUCAGAUGACUACGAUUCGAAUCACGACGAAGAGGAGGACUCGAUCGUGGACAUCGAGGAUAUGGAUCAUGAGCUGAGUGAGAGUGGUUCACAGCCGGGCCGGAAGGGUAGCGGGUCACCUGGGUCCCCCGCUGGCCUUGGUCUUCCGCACGGGUCACCGCCUGCCGCCGCUCUAGCCGCUGCCGCAGCUGGCCAUGUUCCGAUCCGGCCGACCCCGUUUAGUGCGCUUGCUGCGGCAGCCGCGGCAUGGGGUGGUAUGGGCGGUGGAGUACCGUGGCCCGGCGCCCGUCAGAUGCCACCCUUCGGUCCACCCGGACUCUUCCCGGGACAGGGUUUUGGCGCCGGUCAACUUGGUGGAGAUAACGAACCACCACGCAUAAAAUGCAACCUCCGGAAGCACAAACCGAACCGGAAACCACGCACCCCAUUCACCACCCAACAGCUGCUGUCGCUCGAGAAGAAGUUCCGCGAGAAGCAGUACCUGAGCAUAGCGGAGCGAGCCGAGUUCAGCUCGUCGUUGAGGCUCACCGAAACGCAGGUGAAAAUCUGGUUCCAGAACCGUCGAGCCAAGGCGAAGCGACUGCAGGAAGCGGAACUGGAAAAGAUUAAAAUGGCCGCGCUGGGGCGUGCUCCCGGUGCCCAGCUGUACAUGGGUUACUUCCACCCAAGCCUAAUGGGGGGUGCGAUGCAUCUGGGGUAG